AAAUUAAAAUAUUUUAUUAAUUAUAAUAAAAAGAAAGAGAAGCAGCAGAACUAGUUCUUGACUCAUAUAGGCUUAUAUAUAACGACAUCAAAGUACAGAGCAUUGUCAGAGUAUUGCCUCUUCAAAAAUUCACUUCCAAUGACUACCAAAACCUCCGUCCAACCACCACCUCUCUCCACCACCGCUGGCGGCGGCGGUGGCAAGCUUAACGGAGACACACCCUCCAACGACGAGAGAUGUUCGGUAGAGGAAGUAGCUUUAGUAGUACCGGAAACCGACAACCCGACUUUACCCGUAAUGACAUUCCGGGCAUGGUUCCUCGGACUUUCUUCUUGCACAAUCUUGAUUUUCCUCAACACUUUUUUCAUUUACAGAACCCAGCCAUUAACAAUUUCAGCUAUUUUAAUGCAAAUUGCUGUUCUUCCAAUUGGGAAAUUUAUGGCUGCUACACUUCCCAAGAAGAAUUUUGCUUUAUUUGGGAGAUGGGGUUCAUUUAGUUUGAAUCCAGGGCCAUUUAAUAUCAAAGAGCAUGUGGUUAUUACUGUUAUGGCGAAUUGUGGAGUUUCCAUUGGAGGUGGUGAUGCUUAUUCAAUUGGAGCUAUUACUGUUAUGAGGGCUUAUUAUAAACAGAGUGUCGGUUUCCUCUGUUCUCUUAUUAUUGUUUUGACAACUCAGAUAUUGGGGUAUGGAUGGGCGGGGAUGUUGAGGAGAUACUUGGUUGAUCCUGUGGAUAUGUGGUGGCCAUCAAACCUUGCUCAAGUUUCUCUAUUCAGGGCACUUCACGAAAAGGAACCAAAAACAAGAAGCUUGACAAGGAUGCAAUUUUUCCUUAUAUUUAUGGCUGCAAGCUUUGCAUACUACACUUUCCCAGGCUAUCUAUUUCCCAUUUUGACCUUCUUCUCGUGGGUCUGUUGGGCGUGGCCACAUAGUAUCACAGCUCAACAAAUUGGCUCGGGAUAUCAUGGCCUCGGUGUGGGUGCUUUUACCCUUGAUUGGGCUGGCAUAUCAGCUUAUCAUGGCAGUCCACUAGUGACACCCUGGUCCUCGAUUCUAAAUGUUGCCGUUGGAUUUAUCAUGUUCAUAUACAUCAUUAUUCCUCUAUGUUACUGGAAGUACAACACUUUUGAUGCUCAAAAGUUUCCUAUCUUUUCAAAUCAGUUGUUCACAGCUAGCGGGCACAAGUAUGAUACCACAAAAAUCUUGACUCCACAAUUUGAUCUCAACAUUGCUGCUUAUGAAAAGUACAGCAAGCUCUACCUCAGUCCUUUGUUUGCCCUCUCAAUCGGAUCGGGAUUCGCAAGGUUUACAGCAACCCUCACACAUGUUGCACUAUUUCAUGGCAGUGACAUUUGGAAGCAAAGUAGAUCAGCUGUGAAGAAUGUCAAAUUGGACAUUCAUGCAAAACUGAUGAAGAGUUACAAGCAAGUCCCUCAGUGGUGGUUCCUCGUAUUAUUGAUAGGUAGCGUAGCCCUAUCACUUCUGAUGUGUUUUGUGUGGAAAGAAGACGUGCAGCUGCCGUGGUGGGGCAUGUUGUUUGCGUUUGGUCUUGCUUUUAUUGUUACUCUUCCUAUAGGAGUCAUUCAAGCGACUACCAAUCAGCAACCCGGAUAUGACAUAAUUGCACAGUUCAUAAUUGGUUAUAUCCUCCCAGGAAAACCAAUUGCAAACUUGCUUUUCAAAAUUUAUGGCCGGACAAGUACUGUUCAUGCUCUCUCCUUUUUAGCCGAUCUUAAACUUGGUCACUACAUGAAAAUUCCUCCACGAUGCAUGUACACAGCUCAGCUCGUGGGGACGCUGGUUGCUGGAACAAUCAACCUUGCUGUAGCAUGGUGGAUGCUAGGAAGCAUCGAGAACAUUUGUGACGUUGAGACUCUUCAUCCCGACAGCCCAUGGACCUGUCCUAAAUUCCGAGUGACUUUUGAUGCAUCUGUCAUUUGGGGUCUGAUUGGACCACAACGGUUAUUUGGUCCCGGAGGAUUAUACAGGAACUUGGUAUGGUUAUUCCUCAUAGGUGCAUUGCUACCAGUGCCUAUUUGGGUGUUAAGCAAAAUCUUCCCGGAAAACAAAUGGAUCCCAUUGAUCAACAUACCUGUUAUAUCGUAUGGUUUCGCGGGAAUGCCACCAGCCACGCCAACGAAUAUCGCUAGCUGGCUUAUAACGGGUAUGAUAUUCAACUAUUUCGUGUUCAAAUAUAGAAAAGAAUGGUGGAAGAAAUACAACUAUGUUCUGUCAGCCGCGUUGGAUGCUGGAACAGCUUUUAUGGGUGUUUUACUGUUUUUCGCGUUGCAAAACGAGGGUAAAAACCUGAAAUGGUGGGGAACAGAGUUAGAUCAUUGUCCCUUAGCAACUUGUCCAACAGCUCCUGGAAUUAUAGUGGAAGGAUGUCCAGUUUUCAAGUAGGCCUAACAACAAGAAUGGUUCAAGUUGAAUAUUCUUAGAUAAGUUUUUGUGUUUUGAGGGUUCAAAGAAUUGUUGAUGUAAUUUUGAUAGUUUUUUUGUAUUGUUCAACUAAUAUAUUUCCCUAUCAUACUUCAAUUAGAUGAAUGUUCCAUGGUUG